AAGGGACCUGUUUAGUCAGUUACGCGGUCAUGUGCCUCAGUGUCCUCAUCCGUGAAAUGGGGGUAUCCCACCCACACGCCCUCGCUUCCCGCACCCGGUCCUGGGCCCAAAGAUGGUGACGACACCCCCUGGAAGGCGAGGAAAACGCAGGCCCUGGGCGCGGGUCUUCCGGCCGCCCGGGGAAGGAGGAAAUGAUCCGGCGCCAGGGGGGCGGGUUUUCGGCUUUGCCAACCCUCGGCCUUCCGAGCACCACGCUCCGCGGAGGCCGUGCGCGGCCAUGGCGCUUCUGCUUGCUACUCUGCGCGUGCUGCUCGGAGGUUUCUUCGUGCUCACGGGGGCUGCCAAGCUCUCGGAGCAGAUCUCGGCUCCGGUGUCGGAGCAGAUGAAAGCCCUGUUCGUGCAGUUUGCCGAGGUGUUCCCGUUGAAGGUGUUCGGCUACCAGCCAGAUCCCAUGAGCUACCAAGCGACUGUGGGCUGGCUGGAACUGCUGGCUGGGUUGCUGCUGGUCGUGGGCUCACCGAUCCUGCAAGAGAUCAGUAACUUGCUUUUGACCCUGCUCAUGAUUGGGGCUAUCUUCACUUUGGUGUCUCUGAACGAGUCGCUGAGCACCUACAUUCCUGCCAUUGUCUGCUUGAGCCUCCUGAUACUGCUGGAUACCUGUCAGUUCGCAGUCCAAACUCAGGGGGCCAGACCCACAAGGAAGAAGACUCCAGCUAUAUUCGAGGAAUCCUGAAGGUAGAAGGUGCCUGCCUUUUGGCACCAUGCAGCUGUCACAGCAGGAACCUGGUGGAGCACACAGACUCUAACACCCUGUUAUCAGAACACCCUGAGCCAUCCAGUGCUAAAACAGACGUCUUCCUAUCUGUCCCUGCAUUCUCUCUCUGUAACCUUUAUUGCUCGUUUUCAGGAGUACAUGUUCUAUAUAAUAGCAUUCCUCAUGUCAUGUAAAAAUAGAAAAUAAGCAAAAAAGAAAUUGAAGUCACCCAAACUUUGGAUGCCCCCCCCAUAAUCACUUUUAAUUUUUUACCUCUCCACUUUUUUCUGUGCCUUGAUACAGGAUUUUUUUUUUUUUAAUUAAUGAAAAUUAGACAAUA